AUGAGUGACUUCAAGUUCAAUGCCUUCCAAAUCAAACGACAGGCGCAUGCAGUGAGCCGCAGUGACGCUGGUUUCAACCCUUUCGGUCACAUCUGGAACAACAAGGAUCGCCGCCAAACGUGGGACGGCGAGGCCCAGCGACGUAUCAAUCCUGAGGAUGAUGACGUCGAGGCAGGCUCGCCCAUAGAACACUCGCAGACCGCGCCGACAGGGGCAUACGGGGCCUUCGGCCACGGUGCAGAUGGGAGGACAAGCAAGGAUGGCGGGGCAGAUCUUGCCGGCCCGGGUCGAGAACGGGAAAGGCCCGACAGCUCUGGCGAUACUGUCGUCAACUCCCAGGCCCCGGGCUCUGAUUUCACCGCCGUCGACACCGGAGCCCAAAUGCGCAACCGGGCGAGACUCGAGAAGGAGCCCGUCGACUCACCCGACGACGAGCCCGCCGACGAGCCGAAGAAGAAGAAGGAGCACCGCAUGUUCAAGAACGUCCAGCCCAAGGAGCCCUUCACCGUGGGGAACCAGAUCCAGCGCACCUUGUUGAGCUCAUGGAUCAACGUUCUGCUGAUAGCCGCGCCAGUGGGCAUCGUCCUGGGUGCCCUUCCCAAUAUGAACCCGAUCGCAAUCUUCGUCGUUAACUUCAUCGCCAUCAUCCCCCUUGCCGCCCUCCUGGGCUUUGCUACCGAGGAGAUUGCUCUGCGUACUGGUGAGACCCUGGGUGGCCUCCUGAACGCUUCUUUCGGAAACGCUGUCGAGCUUAUUGUGGCCAUCAUGGCGCUGGUCAAGGAUGAGGUCGUCAUUGUGCAGACCUCACUCAUCGGCAGUAUCUUGUCCAAUUUGCUGCUCGUCAUGGGCAUGUGCUUCUUCUUCGGUGGUCUCCGCAGGCAAGAGCAGUUCUUCAACAUGACAGUCGCCCAGACCGCCGCCAGUCUCCUGGCUCUCGCCAUCGCGGGUAUCAUCAUCCCUACAGUCUUCGACAAGGAAACCGACCUCCCGACCGCAUCGACAGCCGCGCUUUCCCGAGGCACAGCAGUCAUUCUGCUGUUUGUUUACGCGGGUUACUUGUACUUCCAGCUCAAGACCCACCAUUCAGUCUUCUCUGAGGAGAGCCAGAAGGUGCCCAUGCGGCCUAAGAAGAACGACCUGGGCCCUGCGGCUAUCAAGAAGGGACUGAUUGGUCCGGCAGGACUCGUUGGGAUGCCCGGCCACAACGAGGAGAGUGGCAGCAACAACAAGAAACUCCAGCAGAUGCUCAACGCGGACCCAAGUAUCGACGAGGAGGAAGGUGACGAGGAGGAGCCCCAGCUCUCUUUCGGCGUCGCCAUGGGCACUCUGAUUGGGUCCACGGUCCUCAUUGCCUUCUGUGCCGAGUUCUUGGUCGACAGCAUUAACUACGUGACGACCCAGGGUGGCAUCAGCGAGGAGUUCCUAGGUCUGAUCCUGCUUCCCAUUGUCGGAAACGCAGCCGAGCACGCCACUGCUGUCACGGUCGCUAUCAAGGACAAGAUGGACCUCGCCAUCGGAGUUGCUGUCGGCUCGAGCAUGCAGGUUGCGCUCUUCCUGAUCCCGCUCCUCGUUAUUAUCGGAUGGGGCAUGGGAAUCGAGGAAAUGGGGUUGAGCUUCGACGUCUUCCAGGUCGCAGUGCUGUUCGUGUCGGUACUCUUGGUCAACUACCUGAUCGGCGACGGCAAGAGCCACUGGCUGGAAGGCAUGCUCCUGAUGUGCCUUUACACUACCCCGCACGAUGCCGCGUAG